CUGACAAUAAACCGCGGGAAGGGUAAGACCCUUUCACAUAAACCAACUACUUUGCUGAGAACAGCUUAAGUAAAUAAACCCGAACGAUUCAAACUAAGAAUUGAUUCAUAUAAAUAAAAUAGUAACGGUUAUGGAUGUGCCUCGUGCAUUUCCAAACCAAGAACCGUUAUGUUCAAUUUCGCCAUCUUCCUUGGUGAUAAAUGAAAUCAUAACAAUAGUAACAGCUAUUCGAAAGACAUCACGAUGGAGAAGUUCAGGAGUUGCAUCAAUUUUAGGCGUCACCACCUUAAAUGAUGAGUUUCUCGCCGAUGGACUAGAGAAUCACUGGAAAACAAACGGAGAGAAAAGCAGUACCGUUCGAUAUCCCUUGGUGAUGGAAUUCUCACAAUUAAAGGCGGACCUUACAAAUCAGCACGAUCUUAGUAACUUUGAUUCAUUGAGGUUGCUGUCCCCAUUCUUGCGAACCAUCAAGUCGCCGAGAACGACGGGAAAUGUAACAAGCUUAUGUAUCUCAGCCAUUUUAAAAUUCUUUUCUCUAAGAAUCAUAACCGAUAAGUCCCCGAACCUAAAUGUUGCCAUGAGAAAUCUUUCAUUUGCGAUUACACAAUGUCGAUUUGAAAGUUACGAUUCCUCUCAGGAUGAAGUUGUUCUUUUGCGCGUUUCAAGAUUAAUGGAAGAAUCGGUACGUGGUGCUGGUAAUCGUAUACUGAGUGAUGAUUCCAUUUGCGAAAUUGUUGAAACAGGAUUAAGCAUGUGCUGUCAGAUGAGAGUAUCAGCCAUGUUGCGACAAAGUGCUGAGUUAUCAAUGAUUAACAUAAUUCAAUGCAUUUUUGAACGAUUAAAGUACAUUGAUCCUGGGUUAGAUGACGAAAAUUUUUGGAACGAAUCUUCUAAGCAUCCCAUAGAAGAACAAGACUUUCAUUACAACCGCUUGAACAACAAUAAUGAGGCUAAUUCAAGUGAUAUAGUUCCUUUUGGGAUAGAAUCUAUACGAGAGGUCCUUCGUGUCUUAAUAUCUUUCAUAGAUUCAAAAAAUCACCACUUUACUCACCAGGUGAAGUGCAUGGCUCUUCGAUUUAUUAAUGCCGCUUUUGAAGUAGCAGGCGAGCACAUGGGUAACUUUCCUUCUCUGCGCAUAUUAAUUAGUGAUACCCUCUGUAAAUCUUUACUACAUUUAAUUCGAAAUAGCCAGACACCCGUGUUAACUAACUCCCUAAUCGUUAUGACUACUUUACUUCAAGCUAUGCCUCAUCAUUUGAAAUUACAGCAGGAGCUCUUUAUAUCUUAUUUAAUAUCUUGUCUACAAAUCCCAACCCAAGUACCAAAAGAUUCCGGACUUGAGUCAUCUCUAGUAAAAGCGAUAUCUUCUACAAAUUUAGCAAAUGAUCACAAUGCAGACCGAGCUACACCUACCUCAUUUUCAGAACGGAAACGAUUUGUUCUCGACAGUGAAGGAAGCCCUCCAGAAAUUCGGGAGCUCAUAGUAGAAUGCUUUGGUUCUCUGUCUCGGAUACCCGGAUUUCUUGUUGAUUUAUAUGUCAAUUAUGAUUGCGAUCCUCAGAUGUCUGAUUUAGCUCUAGACCUCGUACGUGUUCUUACAAGAAACUGUUUAAUUGACGCUGCGCGCUACUCCACUAAUAACGUACCUCCUUUAUGUCUUGACGCUCUUUUAAAUUUUAUUCAUAAUUUCCACGAACGUCUCCUCCCUGCUUAUGAACCUAAAGAUCAUGAUCGUGCUUCAGAGGCGUCAACAUCCUUGUUACAGUCCAAGGAAAGAAAAUUUUUGAUUAUUGAGGGUGCAAAUCUGUUUAAUGAAAAUCCUAAUGAUGGUAUUUCAUACUUAUCUUCUCAUUCUAUUAUUGAACACCCCUCGGAAUCAACCUCUAUAGCAUCUUUUUUUCAUUCUACAAAUCGUCUUAGUAAACGUGUGUUAGGUGAAUACUUAACAAAAGCGUCGAAUACUGAGAUAUUGGAUGCUUUUAUGGUUGCAUUUGACUUCAAAGGAAAGCGAAUUGAUGAAGCUUUACGUAUGUUGCUUCAAUCUUUUCGCUUACCUGGAGAAUCUCAAUUAAUUGAACGUGUAGUAGAAGCUUUUGCUCAUUAUUAUGUUGAAGCUAAUCCGGGUGUGGUGGCAUCUAAAGAUGCUGCUUUUGUUCUUUCUUAUUCUAUCAUUAUGCUAAACACUGAUCAGCAUAACCCAAAUAUAAAAGCACAAGCGAGAAUGACUUUAGAUGACUUUUGCCGGAAUGUGCGAGGUGUAAAUGAUGGCGCUGAUUUUGACCGUCAGUUUCUAUCUGAUAUCUAUAAAGCCAUUCGGAACUUUGAGAUUAUCGUCGCUGAAGAACACGACACGGAACUAUCUUUUUUUUACAUUUGGUCAAAGCUACUUCAAAAUUGUAAGAAUACUACCCCUUUCCGUCGUACCGAUUCAAAUGUUUUUGAUUGUAUUGUUUUUAAAGAUGUUUGGAACUCUAUAUUGGCAGCCUUGAUGUAUGUAUUUUCAACGGCUACCGAGGAUACCGUGUUUUAUCGGGUUGUGAAUGGUAUACAACAAACAGCUGACGUUGCUGCUCAAUUUAAUCAAACCUAUAUUAUAGAUUAUAUUGUUCGUCGUCUAGCAGAUUUUACUGCUAUAGUUUCAGCACGAACACCUGAAAAUCAGAUAAAUACUGCCAUAACUCAUGAGGAUCAUCAAUUAGUGGUCAGCGAGCUUUCGGUACGUCUUGGUCGUGAUUUCCGAGCCCAAUUGGCUCUAAUUGUGCUUUUUUGGGUUUGCAACAAGUUCAAAAAUUGUAUGCAUGACAGUUGGCCGUCCGUCGUAAGCUUAAUUUUAGCUUUGGGUAGCAACAAUUUGUUAACGAAGGAUUCUCUUCCGGGUGCAAAACUAUUUCAAUAUGAGCACUUCCCAUUCCCCAACCCUUCAGUAAGUUCAGGAAAAUCAACUUUUAACAAAGAAGGUGGUCUGCUUUCAGCUUUAUCUUCUUAUUUGUCUAGCUAUGCUAACGACGAACCUCCUGCCCCGUCAUCUGAAGAGAUUGGUCAGACAUUGUCGUCGAUUGAGUGUAUAAGGUCUUCUAAGAUUGAUGAGUUUCUUCACAAUUUGCUUGAUGUUGAAGGUCCAACACUAAGGAGAUUAGUUGAUUCACUCAUUGACAUAAGCGAUGGCCCAUUGCCCGAUAAUACAUCUAUACAAAACGAAAAUACCAGUUUCAUAAUUGGACCUUCAAAGUCAUCACAUGCUCACUUUAAUACACAAAAUCUCAUCAUUGCAGAUAUGUUGACUUCGUUAUUUAUGGGAGUUUCUAAGAAAACGGAUGUUUCAAAUAUAAAAGAACAUGUGCUUUCAUAUUUGCUCAGUAAGUCAGAACACGUUGUUGAUGAGCAAUCUAUGAAUCAUUUUUCCUAUUACAUACUGUUAUUAUAUAUGGAUGAAGACCUGGAGCUUCAAGAAUCCUCUAUUGAAUGGAAGAAACUUACCGAAUAUUUUGCUAUGGUGAAAAAGAAAGAGCUUCCAAUCGAGAGUUCUAUUAUUUCAAUGUUCCUUGAACUAAGCAACAGAUAUCCAUAUCUAUUAUACAGUGCGUUUGGUUUUGAUUUUCUCGAUGUGCUUCUUCACGUCAAUUCAGGGGACGUUUCCGAUCUACUUGUAAUUUUUCAUAGAAUUUCGGCUCGUCAACUUGAUCUACCAAAGCUUCAACGUUACUUUUCGUGUAUUGAUAUGUUUAUACAAAACAUUGUAAAGCAACUAGCUAACAUAUUAUCUCGUCAGAAGAAGGGAUUAUCAAAGGGAAAGCCUGUGGAUAAAACUACACUAGAAAGCCAUGGAAAGGACUUGAAUGACGCAUUUGAUUUGUAUUUGAAAGCGACAUCAGAAUUUGAAGAUGAGCAUUAUGAUGUUACUGACGAUAAAAAUGUUUUGCAUCAAAAGUGGAAACUGGUGUACAGCCAUAUUUGUAAGUUUUGUCUAUCCCGAAGUCGGUCUUUACGAACAUCAUCCUUUUCUUCUUUACAGAGAGUGGUUAUGGUACAAUUGGACAAAUCGCACGAUGUCAAUGUCACCAUGUCUUUAUUCCACCAGGUGUUACUGCCAACAAUGGAGAAUAUGAUUACUGGACUGAAUGGUAAACCGGAGCAUCAUCUAUUCGGAGUAGCAAAAGCUCAAAUGUUCAGUAUUAUUUGCAAAACCCUUUUGUUAGACAUGGAUAUUCUAUCAAAACAGUCGAAUAUGUUGUAUCCUCUAUGGUUAAAAUUAAUGGACGUUGCAAUCAAACUGAGCGCAAUGCACGGAUCGGAAGCAAUGGCUGAGGUGAUGGAGUCUAUAAAAAAUGUGUAUUUGAUUUUACACUCGGCUGGGGCGCUAUGUGGUCCUACAGUGCACGACACGGGUUCGGACCCGCUCUUAAAAACUUGGAAUUCUACAUGGAAUAAUCUAUUCAUCUACUAUCCUGAACUUGCACAAGAACUCGACUUAAGUUCGGAAACAGAAACAGAGACUCAGGCACAAACAGAAACAGGGACAGAAAAGAGAAAUGAGGAACAUAAUUCUCUUGAAACUGGUGUUAUUUAAAAAUAGAUUGAUGUUUAAUUGUAUUAUUAAAUCAUGAUUUUGUUAUUUGUUAUCUUCACUAAAUAGGACAAUCCAAGCAUGUAAACAG